ACGGCGCAGUCUCUCUCCGUUCCUUCUGAGCAUUAUGACAGCACAUCGACCACUUAUAGAGUUGCAAGGCCUCCUUUAUUGCAUCCUUCAUAUGUGCCCGGUGCUUAUGCUCCCAUGUUGCUUCACCCAGGAGUGGUUCCCAUGCCAAACUGGAAUCCAUACUCGGGACCAGUUAGCCCUGCACCAUCACCUGGUGCUCAAUCCUCAGUUGGAGGAGUUUCUGUAUAUGGAAUGUCACAGCUAUCAUCUUCUGCAACUGCUUUUACAGGAGGCUAUGCCCAGUUACCCUCGUCUGCCUCCCCUUUGAGCGCCGGUGUAACAUCACAACACCAAUUACCUGAAAGAUAUGGCGAGCCUGACUGCAAAUUCUACAUGAGAACUGGGGGUUGUAAAUAUGGAUCAUCUUGUAGGUAUAACCAUCCGCCAAACUGGGACAAUGCAAACACAAAUUGUGCGCUUAGCCCCUCGGGGCUACCUUUGCGACCGGUAUGUGUAUUCUUUUUUUAUUUUUUCACAAGCUCCAUCUCGUUUUAUCCUGAAUGGGUGAACUUUUUUUAUUUAUUUUUAUUUUUUCUUUUCAAAUAUCUAUCUAUUGACUUGUUUUAUUUUUAUUUUAUUUUUGCCUUUUGUCUCUUCCCAGUAAGCGGGCAUUGUUUUGGCCCUGAAAUUUCAUUUCAGCUGUACUUGUGAUCGAUUUUCUUGUGUUCUUUUCAUGGUGAUUAGUAUUAUGAGCAUGUGGCUUAUUUAUCUUGGUAAUCACUUCUAAGUGCAAAUUACAGUAUGCUAUUUAGUUGAUAAAGAUGGAUCUACUCGUGUUUUUUAAUAUAAUUUUACAUUAUCUUGAACUUGUAGAAAGUUAGAAUUUGCUGGUAAUGGGGAUGCUUAGAACCAAAAUGUUCAAUUUUAAGCAUAGACAAUAUUUUUAUGGUUGCUUUGACAAAUCAUAUCAAUCAGAUUCUGGUCUCAACGAAAUUUCCAGAAGGGAAAGAAAAUCGUUACUUCAUUUCUACAUGGUUCUGGAGAUUACAAACUACUGUUAAUUCUCUUCUAAUACUGGAAACUGUUUUACUCUGUUCACUUGUCAAAUUUUUCCUUUCCUUUUUCUUUUUAAUUCCCUCGGGUACUUAGCUCCAAUG